ACAACCCCUCUCACCCCCACCUAAAAAAAAAAAUUAAUCACCAAAAAAACUGAUAUGAUUAACAUUUUCCCCACUAGACCAAUAAUUACAUAACUAAUAACUGAAAAUUAUCGAGAAUUUCAAGUUUUAGAUAUACUAAUCCAGCGGAUUGUAUCGCAUCAUCAGGAAUAUCUGAUUGGAUAAAUGGGAAUUGGAUGAGCGUAAUGAUCAGACUAAUCACUUGCUAAUGAGAAUAAUUUAAUUGGUAACAUGAAUUAAUUAAUACAAAAUGCCUGGGCUUCUGUGGCUGAAUUGGUGUUGCUUCGAAUGUCACUGAACUCGUUGACUUGUUGCUUCAUUACAUCCACCGUUGACAGCGGUCAUGAAGUAAUGAGGGAUAAUGAGAAUUUUGGGAAAAAUAUAAAACUGAUUGGGUGAUGUGCCACACGAUAGUCCAUCAAUCAAAAUUCUUCAUUAAUUUCAGGUGAAAAUUUGUAUCGAUGGUAUAUUAGUUAAUCGAUAUAAAUUCAAUCGUGAGUGAUUGAGACAUCGGAUGCGAGAUAUUAAGUCUCGUUGAUCAGUUGUUGCCAAAUUAUUAAUGGCAAUGUGAGGGAGAUACUUGAGGAGCAAAAUUUAUUUUCAUAAAUUUACGGAUAUUAAAUUGGAAGAAAAUUUGUGGGGUACACAGGGACAUUAUCGUCAUCGAGAGAUAAUGAUUACAGAACAGACGUGGACCAUGAUGCUGGAACCAGACGUACCAAGCUGCAAUGAAUUACGGAUAACGCCGACUAAACAUUUAUGGAUUAAAGCGGUGAAGAAACUGACGUCGGAGAGGCUCGGUCGAGAGGGUCUGGCAGCCUGGGGUAAUUUAGCGGCGGCUGCACGACCUCACGAGGAUUCCGAUCUACCGGAUAUCGAGGAGGAGGAGCCCCAGGGGGAAAUAACGAUAGUCGUUGCACCCCAGGAAGUUGUCCUCGAGGAGAAGCAUGAGAAGGACGAGGAGCCGCCGGUUCAACCAGAUGUAUUUAAGAAGGGCCUGUUGUACAAAGGGAUUUUUUGUCCAUCGUUAACCACCAGUUUCCACAGCCCCAGUCUAGAAAAAUCUUAUUUUCAAUACUCGAGUCGUCAGAGGCAAAAGUCAUUAAUUAUGUUGAAUGUUGUCGAUCUGGGAUUGAAGAUAGCCUUGAUAUCAAUCUGGAUAUCCCGGAGAACGGAAAAGAGCAGUGGCCUGAUCGAGACCCUGUCCUGGGUGUCGUGCUGCAUGCUGGCAAAUCUAGUUGUCUGCAUCCUGGGUCUGUGGCGCUGGUUCUCUAACAAUUACCUCUACUGGGCAUCUAUAUUUACCUGGCUGUUAAUAAACACUCAAGGUUUUGUUGUUGCUGGACUGAAUUUCUAUUCACAACAGAGGAUGAUGUGGUACAUUCUUUUCGUUGUUUACGCACCAUAUGCUAUGCUACCACUGCCGUUGAGGUGGUGCGUCGUCGCUGGAUCUGGAACAGUCCUGACGCACAUGAUCAUGACCAUCGCGACUAUUUUUUUGAAUCAGAAACAUCUUCAAGAUCUAAUGUGCAUCCUGCGAAUGUUAACAACAAAUAUCCUCCUCUACGUCGCUGUCAAUCUCGUGGGGAUGUACACCAAGUAUUUGACAGACAGGGGUCAACGUCAGGCCUUCCUCGAGACCCACAGGUCCAUGGAAACCCGACAGAGGACCCAGAAUGAGAAUAAUCGACAGGAGAAACUCUUACUUUCUGUUCUUCCAGACUUUGUAGCGAAGGAGAUGAUAAGAGACAUCGCCAGGGAAACUGCGAGUGGAGGAACUUUUUCGUUCACCCCGAAUCAAUUCCACAGGAUUUAUUUACAUCGGUACGAGAAUGUCAGCAUUUUGUUCGCGGAUAUUAAGGGGUUCACAGCACUCGCGAGUCAAUGCAGCGCACAAGAGCUCGUGAAGGUCCUCAACAGUCUCUUCGCCCGCUUUGACAAACUCUCCUCGGAGAAUCAUUGCUUGAGGAUCAAACUUCUCGGGGACUGUUACUACUGCGUCUCGGGUCUGCCAACAGCGAGGAGCGAUCAUGCCCACUGCUGUGUCGAGAUGGGCCUGGAGAUGAUCAAGGCGAUCAGAGAUGUUCGAUAUGCUCAGAAGGUGGAUUUGGACAUGAGAAUUGGCAUCCACAGUGGUUCGGUAUUGUGCGGCGUUCUGGGCCUCCGGAAGUGGCAAUUCGACGUGUGGAGUUACGACGUCACCCUCGCCAAUCACUUGGAGAGCGGGGGAAUCCCCGGUCGAGUUCACAUAUCAGCUGACACCCUGUCCUGCCUGAACGAGGUCUACGACGUGGAGCCAGGCAAUGGUAUGGACAGGGACAACUACUUGAAGGAUCGGAAUGUCGUGACGUAUUUGAUAAAACAACUUGAGCCCCUGAGGUCCAGAAGACGACCAUCAGCGAAGCCAAAGGUCUGGUCUGAGGACGAGACUGGAAAUAAAUCUAAGAAGAGCUUUAAGCUCUCGAAUCCACUGUCGUCGACGUGUAACAGCACGAAUACUUCCAAGGAUGAGGAGGACGUGGGGGUUGAUUGGAUACCAGAAAUUCCAUUUGAAAAUUUAAAUAGUGCCAACUCCAUCAGCAAUCUGGAGACCGAAUAUCUCGAGGACGACGAGGACGACGAUGGUGCUGGUGAAAAACGACCUGGUGGCUACGAAACAGCCAGCAACAGAAGAAUGAGAUUGGCAAACAUAAACCCUUGGACCUUGCGCUACAACGACGACAGCCUCGAGUCUAAAUUUGGACAGCUUCGAGAGGACAUGUUCAAGUCCAACAUGACCUGCUGUUUUGUCAUAUGGAUAUUCAUCGCUGUUUGUCAGGCAGUAAUUGUUUCAGAUUGCAUAAUCCUCUGGGGGUCCCUCCUCUUCACGUCCUUUGUGUUUAUCGUCUGUUCGAUCCUCGUGAUGGCAGAGGAAUUCAAAACCCUUCCUGAGUACCUGAAGCACGCCUCGUCAAUGCUGGUCCACAAUAAAAUGCACAGGACGUUAUUUACCUGCAGUCUGAUAAUGCUGAUGGCGAUGACAUCAGUGGUGGGAGUCCUGGCAUGUCCUUCGGGACGUUAUCCACCCCCAGACGUGCCUAGUAUCAGUGAAUUACGACUGAGACCAUCAAAAGUGUCUCGAGAGGUGCCAGAAGGCACAACAGUCCCCCCAGGACUGAAUAACCUCAUCGUCAAGUUUCUGGAGGCAGCUCUGGACGACGAACCUACCCCUGGAGACCUCAAGGAGCCUCCAGGAUCGUUCAACUCGACUGUGGGAGUGGAUGACAAAGACAAUGGCGUCUUCAGCGACAGGGGGAGGGAAACUUUCAGAUUUUAUCGAUAUGAUGCACAUUCUGGCCACAAGAGGCACUACAGGAGAUUCAUACCCAGGCACGAGGGACACUUCAGGUCCAGGAGAGUAUUGUCCAGUUUGGAGGCAGUGGGGAGCAUCUCUGAAGGGGGUGGCAAUGAGUGGAGGAGCUGCCUCCAACCUGAGUACAUUGUUUUCACGUGGAUCCUGUGCUUGAUUGCUCUAGCAUCAGCUUUGAAGCUCUAUUAUCUCGUCAAAACUGCUCUGGCUUCCAUGAUUGUUGUCAUGUAUGCAGUUCUCAUUCUCUUCUGGCAUGAGGAACUCUUCAUGACACCUGAGGACAGCGAUGAAGCUGCGAUUCCACUCUCCGUCCAGAUGCUGAUACUUCUAGUCGUCUUCCUGGUUGUCGUGACGUACCACGGAAGACUCGUGGAGGUGACGUCGAGGCUGGACUUCCUGUGGAAGCAACAGGCCGAGAGAGAGCUCGGGGACAUGGUCGAGUCGAAGCACAACAACAUGCAGUUGCUGAAGAAUAUUCUUCCUGAUCAUGUAGCUCAUCAUUUCCUGACUGCUGAACGUCCCCCAGAGGAAUUGUACUCCCAGCAGAGGGAGAGAGUCGGAGUGAUGUUCGCCAGUGUCCCCAACUUUACAGAAUUCUACUCUGAGGAUGUUAAUAAGGGGAUGGAGUGCAUCAGAUUGUUGAAUGAAAUAAUCGCGGAUUUUGAUGAACUUCUUGAUGAGCCCCCGUUCCACUGCAUCGAGAAGAUCAAGACUGUUGGUGCUACUUACAUGGCUGCUUCUGGUCUCAACCCCCGUCAAAGUGAUCAAUCGAAAGACGAUAGAGACCACCUCUGCAGGCUGGUGGACUACGCAGUGGCGAUGCGUCUCCGUCUGGAGGACGUGAACGUCCAUUCCUUUAAUAAUUUUGAUCUUCGAGUGGGCAUCAGCUGCGGUCCCCUCGUAGGUGGGGUAAUCGGUGCUCGUAAGCCAGUUUACGACAUCUGGGGUAACACAGUCAACGAGGCCUCGAGGAUGGACUCCACGGGGGUUAUGGGGAAGAUUCAGGUGCCCAAGGAAACCGCAAAGUUCUUGGAAUCUCAAGGAUAUCAGACCCAGAAACGGGGGAUGAUUGAGGUCAAGGGAAAGGGUACUAUGGAGACUUAUUUCGUGCUGGGAAGGGAUACACUUCAGCCUGAGGGGGCACCAAGGGGUCGUAGCAGCUGCAGAAGUCUAGCUGCUGUUGUUUAUGGGGUUGUACAAGCGAGGAGGAAACAAAUGUCAUUAAUCACGAGAACAUAAAUUGGUAAUUAGUGAAGAGACUAGCGAUUAUUGGCGAGAUAAUCAUUGAAGAGGAAAGAAACAAAUUUUUUAACUGCAGACAGUUUUUUGGUGAUAUUUCGAAAAUCGUGGGAGAUAGCGAAAAUGUUGUGGAGAACUUUUUGUCGGGCGAAAGGUGUUCUACAAAAAGUAUAUAAACAAUUUUUUCGUUAUCUCUCGUCGAUCUCGAGAUAUUUAACAAAAACUGCGUUUAAUUUUGAAAGAAUGAAAUGUGGUGAACUGUAUCAAACUAUUGGUUUCUGAUAAAAAUCUUGGAAUCCAAGGGAAAUAUCACUAUUUUCAUGAGAAUGUUUUUUGUGUAGCUAGAGCAGAGUUACAAAAAAGAUUCAGUUGAAAAUUUCGAUAUCUCCCAGGGAUUCCCUGAUAUUUUCAAAAUACUAAUGUUCAAAAGUGAGAAUGACUUAUUGUGUUUACUACUUCCACUUCCGACAUUUUGAUGAAAAUGUCGUAAUCGAGGGGAGAUAGUGAAAUUUUCAUUCAUACCUUUUUUAUAGAGAAAUAAAAUAUCUACAAAAAAUGUAUCAACAAAAAUUUCGCUAUCUCCCCUAGAUUCUGAGAUAUUCAUCAAACUAAACAAGUUGAAUAUUUAGUUUCGUUAGUUUUUUGUAAAUAAACUGCUAAUGAAUUUUCCAAUCAAAAAUAUUAAAUUUCCUUGAUUGAAAAAUAAAUAAAACUGUACAUAAAUCAAUUGAAUAGUUAGUAACUCAUAGAGUAGGACA